AUGGAGAGCAAUGUGCAGCAAACGCCCGAGAGCGUGCGACCUCCUAAGCGUGUUUCGCAAGCAUGUGAAGCCUGCCGUCGCAAAAAGUCGAGAUGUCCUGGGGAGAAGCCUGCGUGUUCUCUUUGCACAAGAUUGAAACAGACUUGUGUAUAUGCGGAUGAUGGAUCCAUGCCAGAGGCCAGAUCGGCCGCCAUAGAGCGACGAAUGAAUGCUCGCUUCUCAGAGUUGGAGAACAAACUCGAAACUCUUCUCAGAGCCAUACCUGGUACACCACCUACAGUACUACCACGAACCCCGCUUGAGUCUCAUGUCGAGAGCUCACGAGCAUCGCCAAGGGUGCCGUCGUCGCGAAGGAGAUCUCUCGAGAUGCCCGAAGGUACUACCCCGUCAGGAUUACAGAUACCACAUGAGCCCACACGCCUUGAGGUUGCUGUCCCUAUCCUGAUGAAGAAAUGGAACUGCCAACCUAUCCCAUUGUUUCAUCCCAACCUGGAGAAGGACUAUAUGACAAGAGGGUCAGAAGUCCAAUUCGCCAUUCUCGCAAUGGCAGGUCGUCUCAAUGCACGAGGUCCUGAAGUCGAUGAUUGGUGUGAGGCUAAUGCUCAUCGUGCAAGGGAGCUAGCCUUGGGCAGAGUACUUGCUGGUGAGGUCAGACUGAGUACCAUACAAGCAUUCAUAUUGCUGUCGUUCUUAGACUUCACGAACGACAAUGGGCAACGAUCACAUCUAUUCCUUGUUAACGCCAUUUCUCUUGCCCAAACAUCUGGCCUUCUGGACCCACAAGUAGUUAUCAAUAAUCCAGUCGAGCUUGAGGAGCGAAGGCGCUGCUUCUGGAGCAUUGCCAUCAUGGAGAACAUGUUCAACCUGCAGGCACUGACGUUCAGUGCCAAGAGCAAUACCUACCAUGCUUCUUUUAAGCCAGUCAGUCCUAAUGCAACCUCGAAAGGAGAAUUGGUGGCACCAUCUUCCCAGAACAUCGUGGCCGACGGUCCAGUUCCUGGUAUAAUUAUCAACACAUUGCCCAUGUUCGACAUUUUCAAGAAGGCUGCGAAAUACGUUACAGAUACUAAAAGUGGUGUGCUUCCCCACCCGCCAUGGCAUCAGCAAUCAGACUAUGCCGCGAUACAGGCCGAUAUACUGGAGUUGGAGUCCAACUUCUAUCCAGAGUAUCGAUUCGACAGGACGAAAAUGACACAGCACUCCAAAGAGGCCAUUGAGCAGAACUGGGCCUUUUGGAGCUGCUGGCUAGUAAACCAAUUCAUGUACCACACGAUCCACAUGCUGCUAAACCAUCCUUUCCUCAUAUCGUUGCGAAUAGCUGCUGCUGGACGUUGUCCCAGAACCUUCAGUCAGUCUACCUCGGAUCAAGUGGUGGUGCAUUCGAACUGGAUCAUCCGUCUGUUAGACCUACUCGAAGAGAAGGAGGUCAAUGUUUCUGAUCCGUUUCUGGCUUACUGCAUCUCGGUCGCGAUAACAGUGUUCAUUCACUAUCGCAACGCAGAGAUACAAAGUCUGAGACAGAAUGCAGAGAAGGGACUGUUCAAAGGUCGCCAAGAACUAGGGGAACUUUCAUCGCUGCUGAAGAAUGUUGAGCGUAUGAGGAAAGCGUUAGACAGACUCGAGGCCAUGGACACCUCACGUCGCUCAACAAGUCCGCAGCCUACGACCACAGGCGGCAGCAAGCAAGAUCUACUCUGGGAAAUUCUCAUCUUUCACUCGCCAAGCAGAUCCAUCGCUACUGGCCAAGGUCUUUUCAGCAAAGAAUUUGCCGCGCCUCCCAACGAAGCUGUAUCCAGAGAUGCCACCUCAAUGGUGCGACCCACUCAGUCAACAGUCCAAAACAUCACUUCUGCAGAUGGCUUCCAAAGCUCUGUGGGCCCGUCAUUCGCAAGACCUCCACAUCCCGCUCCAGCCACAGCCAUGUCUACAAUCCCUGCUACACCCGGCCAACAACCCACCUUCAUGCCUGGAAUCGCACAGUUCUCCACGCCGGCAGAUCCGAACUUGAUGGCUUUCAACGACCAGAAUCUCGCUGCUAUUACAGAGUUCUUGGAUCAGAAUUCAGGAAGAAUGUUCAAUGAAUGGUGGGAUUUUGGAGAUUUGUAG